GAGAGCGUUUUGCUUCACGGUCACUCAUUGGCUCUCUGACCUGUCAGUCAAACUUGAUUGGCAGUGACGACACAGCGUCUGUGACACAGCCUCCUUCUCUCGCGCGGUGGCGACAGAAGAUCACUCUCAGUGAAUGUCAGUGAUGUGGACGGUGAAGGUGAUGGGCCUGGGUGCGGUGGCCGUCUCUCUCAGCGUGGAGCUGCUCGGCUGGCUCCUCCGUCGCCUCAGGCCUGGAAGACCCCUCAACGAGGUCCUCUUCUUCCCCUCAGAGAUGGCCUGUGUGGAGCACAUCUUCACUCCCUCGGCGUUUCAUUCCUGUUACUGCCCAUUGCCUCAUGGCGUGGAGACCUCUUUCUCCCGUUUUCUCCGCCGCAUCCUGUCCACCUCAUCCUCGCUGGACUUGUGCGUCUUUGCCUUCUCCAACAUGGACCUGAGCAGGGCCGUGCUAGCGCUGCACAGCAGGGGCGUCACCAUCCGAGUCCUCACUGACAAGGACUACGCCGCCAUCACUGGCUCCCAGAUAGGGGUCCUCCGCAAGGCCGGGAUCUGUGUGCGGUGCGACGUGGGCUCUGUUUACAUGCAUCACAAGUUUGCAGUGGUGGACAACCGGCUGCUCAUCACCGGCUCCCUCAACUGGACGCUGACAGCAGUGCAGAGCAACAUGGAGAACAUCCUGGUCACCGAUGAGCCAGACCUGGUGCGACCCUUCAUCGAGGAGUUCAAUAGGUUGUGGGUGCGCAACGAUCCGGAGCAAUACCUCCACUCAAGUGACAAAAAACCUGCUCACAAUCCCACCAGAACCUAAUGUUGAGUCAGAGCUCAUCAACCUUUGAGGUAGAAGGCAUGUUAAAUCUGUUCACUCAGCUUGGACACACAAUUUUAUCUUUUCUUGUUUCCUGCCACGAGCUUUGACUCUGUUGCUUCUGGCUUUGGAGGACUUAAAGUGACACUGUUACUGUUCAAGAUGAUGGAUGUUUCAUGGCAGUUUUAUUUUAAUUAUGUUUCAGAAAAGUUGUCUGAUUUACCAGGCUGAGUCUUUAGUUAACAGUCCUUGUUUGAUUUAAUUUGUUCUUAAAUUUACUGUUUGGCACAGGCCCUAAGACGAGGAUAAUAUCCACAACAUAGAUUUGGUCCAGUUCUAAAGAGAAGGCCUCUGUUUGUGUUGGGUAAGAGCGUUUCUUAAUUUUUAAAAUCAAGUUUAUAUUUUUUUAUAUUGUGUUAAAGUACGCAAUUACAGUUGCUUUUUUUGAAAGAUCUCCACCGAAUUAAUCUUCUUUCUUCAUGGUUGUUAUGUGAUAAAUAAUCUAUUACAUGAUUCAUUUUCCCCCUCAGAACUAGAGGGAUUAUCCAGGCUAGUUAGGAAUUUGAGUCUAGUACAUUUAUUUAAAAAACAAUCCACAUUUCACCAUGUGUAUAAUUCUAUUCUAAAUUGCACUGGCUGUAAAAAUCCAGUGUAUUGUUUAGGGUGUGCUACUGCGGUCUCAGGGACGAUGUUUGCCAAGCACCAAUAAACUCUCUCUCUCUCUCUCUCUCUCUCACACUGCAGUUUUUGUCAGGUCUGUUGCAUCACUGCCCCGCAGCUGUAGUUUUUCUCUUGCUCCAACACGAUUUACUCUGUCUCAAAUUCACAGUCAGGCCUUACAGCACAAAAACAGGCUGGUAUUCUCAGUGCUUUAACAAUACCAUCCUUUGAGGUUUGCAAACCAAAGUAGAGCUGAUCUGGUUUGGGCAUGAUUAAUGUGCCUGGGUGCAUGACUCCCCUGCAUUGCUCACAGUCAGGAUGAUGCUUGUUGAUAAAGGCAAGGACUACUUGGGUUUGUCAAGACUUGUAGUAUUUCAGCGAAUUACAUCUUGGAAGUUCCACGUAUUAAAUGGGAAUGUUAGA